AUCUUGGUUUAAAGGUCAAAGAGUAAAGUUCUAUACCCACAAUGCGUUGUAAACGCUACACGUAGCCGAUGGGUUGGUUUUUACACUUUUCGAUAGACAGUUUUCUUUAACUAACUACCGAAAUGUUCCGGAAAUUGAAAAACAAGAUAGAGGAAGAGGCGGGGAAGUCUCCGGUGAACAGGUUGCUGUCAGGUGCUUCACCAUCGAAAGGAGAAUCGGACAGUCCAAGUCACACUCCCCCCGCCAGCGUUAAUGCAGCGUCCCCAGCCACCCCCCUGGCCAGGAAACCUGCGAUAUGGUCAGCUGGGACGCCUCGAAGGCUGGACCAGACUCCUACCAAGUCUGACAAAGCCCCCGCGGCCGAUGGCAGCAUGCGGUCAGCUGCUCUUGACCUUCUGUCCUCUCUCACUGCUCUAAAGGGGUCCAACAGCUACAUGUUACCCCCUCAUAAGAUGAGAGCUUCUGAUGUGGACUCAGAUGCCGAGCACUCAGCACAGUCAACUCCACAGCCAGAAAAGCCCCUGCCUCGCACAGAGUCCCGUGAAUCCAUAAACUCGCUGGCGGGGAUGUUCCAGAGCCUUCCGUUUGGCCGUAAGAACCGCGACGCGCCCUCGGACGCGGAGAGUGAUCUCGACUCGGAGGCCUCCUUCAGCCUCCGCACCAUGAACAAGGAGGAGCUGUACCGAAGGUUCAAGGAGAUGGAGAAGAUGAUGACUGCUUACAGGGGCAAGUACAACGAGAUGGCAUCUGCCUACAGAGAUCAAGAAAAAGAGAAGGAAAAGAUCAAGAACACUCUAACAGAAGCACAGGACAAGAGCUUGAGGAGAAUUUCAGAAAUGAGAGAGGCAGCAGCUCUUGACCAACAGGCCAAACGACAUCUGGAGGAAGAGUUCCGCUUUAACCUGGAAGAGAAGGAUGAACUCAUCGGUGUUCUGCAAACACAGGUUCGGCUGCUAAAACAAGGAAACCUGGAGAAUGCUGCUGAGGGAAGUGCCAAUGCCAAAGGAGACGGAGACACUGUUGAUUCUGCAGAGCUGUCUAAGACGAAUGUGAUCCUGAAGGAGAAGGUGCGUCGUCUUGAGGACCUGCUGAACAAGUGUAAGGACAUGAUCAAGAACAACAAGGAGCGCACAGCUCAGCUGACCAGUGAGAAGGAGAAACUGGCCACCGAGCUGGAGAGUAAGGCUCAAGUGGUGCAGCAGCUACAGGAGUGGAAGGAUAAGGAGCAGGUGCGGCUGGACGGACAGCUGCAGGACGCUCGGCACCUGAUCGAGCAGCUGGAGUCCAGCACCAAGUCCAGCCGUGCGCUCUCGUCUCAGCACCAGGACUUACUGCAGAACCUGGAAGCCAAGGACAAAGAAAUUAAGCUGUUGAAGACAGAACUGCGGGCUCAAAAGAUAGAACUAGGAAAGUCUUCAGGAGGGGAGAAGGGCAGAGACAAGGAGGUGUCAGAACUCAAGGCAAGACUCAAGGAACUGGAGCAGAACAACAAGACAAAUGGCAGUGUUGAGCAGUCAUCAGGAGGUCUGGAGUCAGCAUCAGCUCUAGAGGAGCAGCUGUUACAGAAGGACCAGGAGUGGCAGGCAAAACUGUCUGCACGGGAACAGGAACUACAGCAACAACUGGAAGCUAAGGGCCAGCUGUUGGAAACCCAGAGGGCGGAGUGGGAGGCCAGGCUGGCAGAACUGGCCACUAAGAAAGACAAGCAGCUUCAAGAUGUGCUCGGCUCCAAGGAGUCAGAGAUUGAAGAAAUCACGUCCAACCUGGAGACGAUGGGUAAGCAGCAGCUUGAGAGCCUGACCCAGAAGCAUGAGGCAGAGCUGCAGGAGACCAUCGACACCAUCCAACAGUGGGAGACCAGGCAGAAGGAGCAGGAAGAGGCUCAUAAAAAAGAGCUGGAAGACCUGACGCAGAAGUUCCGUGCCAAGCUUGAGCAGUUCCGUGACCAGCACAACACCACAGUGGCUCAGCUCAAGGAAGCACACCAGAAGGAGCUAACAGAGAGGGGCACCGAGAUGACACAGCUGAGGGAAAAUCAUCAAAAAGAACUGGCAGGGCUACAGGGAGCUCUGGAGGGCAAGGGCAGCGAGGUGGCAGAACAGGUCACACAGUACCAGCAAAGGGUACAGGAACUGGAGACAAGGAUUCAACAGGUCAGGAUGAGAUAG